GAUUCACUUUUUUUGUGCCACUUUUAUAAGAUCUCUUUCUCUCUCUCUCUCUCUCUCUCUCUCUCUCUCUCUCUAAAUCUCAGAAAGCAGCAAUGGCAUCAUCAAAGCUCACAUCUUCACUAAACUCUUUCCUUCUCCAAAACCCUAACCACCACCACCACAACAGCCUCCCUUUCGUCAAGCCUAAAUCGGCCACUUUCUCAAAUUUCACAACCCAAAAGAACAAACCCCUUGCAAUAAAAUGUUCAGCCGCUUCAACAACAACAGCAACGCCAGUCCCUUCCCAGAGCCAAGAUCUCGAAGGGCGUGUCUUCAAUUUUGCUGCUGGACCCGCCACCUUACCAGCCAACGUCCUCAAGAAAGCCCAAUCAGAGCUUUACAACUGGCGUGGAUCUGGUAUGAGUGUAAUGGAAAUGAGCCACAGAGGGAAAGAAUUUCUCUCUAUUAUUCAAAAAGCUGAAUCUGAUCUCCGAUCUUUGUUAGAGAUUCCAGAUAAUUACUCUGUUUUGUUCCUUCAAGGUGGUGCCACUACUCAGUUUGCUGCUAUUCCUUUAAAUCUUUGCAAGAGUGAUGAUUCUGUUGAUUUUAUUGUCACUGGUUCUUGGGGUGAUAAAGCUUUUAAAGAAUCACAGAAAUACUGCAAAAGUAAGGUAAUUUGGUCUGGGAAACCUGACAAGUAUACAAAGAUUCCAUCUAAUAAUGAUUUUGAGCAAAACCCAGAUGCUAAAUAUUUGCAUAUUUGCGCUAAUGAAACUAUUCAUGGUGUUGAGUUUAAAGAUGAACAUUACCCAGUUGCUAAAAAUGGUAUCUUGGUUGCUGAUAUGUCUUCUAAUUUUUGUUCCAAGCCUAUUGAUGUUUCUAAAUUUGGUAUUAUUUAUGCUGGUGCUCAAAAGAAUGUGGGUCCUUCUGGUGUUACUGUUGUGAUUAUUAGGAAAGAUUUGAUUGGUAAUGCUCAAGAAAUGACUCCUGUGAUGUUGGAUUAUAAGAUCCAUGAUGACAACAACUCACUGUAUAAUACACCUCCUUGUUAUUGUAUUUAUAUGUGUGGAUUGGUCUUUGAGGAUCUUUUAGCACAAGGUGGAUUGAAGGAAGUUGAGAAGAAGAAUAAGAAGAAAGCUGACUUGUUGUAUAACGCCAUUGAUGAGAGUAAUGGGUUCUAUAGAUGUCCAGUUGACAAAUCUGUUAGGUCAUUGAUGAAUGUGCCUUUCACUCUUGAGAAGUCUGAUUUGGAAGCUGAGUUUAUCAAAGAAGCUGCUAAGGAGAAGAUGGUUCAACUUAAAGGGCAUAGAUCAGUUGGUGGUAUGAGAGCUAGCAUUUAUAAUGCUAUGCCUUUGGCUGGUGUUGAGAAGUUGGUUGCUUUCAUGAAGGAUUUCCAGGCAAGGCAUGCUUGAAUUGAAUCUCUUCUUUUAUUGAUUCUCUUUUCUUUUUUGCUCUUAGCGGUUUUUCUAGGAUAUUUACUAUGUCUCCUCUUAUGAAAGUAAUAAUUUUUGAAAGAAAUGUGUAACAUUUUUGGCUUUUUCUGUUUGUUUCUGUGCUCUUUGAUGAUCUUAAUGGAUGUUGCAAUUCUUAUUUCGAUUGCA